CAUUCGUCGCUACUAGAGGUGGCUACAGAGCGACUGACCCUGCUGUGUUGUCGUCGUCUUGAACGUAGUCGUGCGCCAGAUAGAACGAGGAAACCAUGUCGAUCCGCAACCUGACAACUGCAGUUAAUUUUUUAACUAAAAGGCUUAAGCCUCAGAAAAAUGGGCUGAUUGGCGCAGGAUGUCGAUCCAUGUCUUACUACCCGAUCGAUGAGACAAUUUUUGGACUCACCGAGGAACAACAGCAGUUACGUCAGACGGUGUUCAAUUUCGCUCAGAAAGAAUUGGCCCCCUUCGCUCAAGAGAUUGAUAAACAGAAUGAGUUCAAGGAUCUUCGCAACUUUUGGAAGAAGAUGGGUGAUCUCGGGCUACUUGGUCCCACGGUGAAAACGGAAUACGGAGGACUUGGUGGUACAUACCUUGACCAUUGUGUCAUCAACGAGGAACUUUCGCGUGCCUCCGGGUCCAUCGCUUUGUCAUACGGCGCUCACUCGAACCUGUGCGUGAACCAAAUUCACCGGAAUGGAACCGAGGAGCAGAAGCAAAAGUAUCUUCCAAAACUGUUGAACGGCGAACACAUUGGAGCAUUGGCAAUGUCUGAACCUGGAUCCGGUAGCGAUGUGGUUUCAAUGAAGACAAAAGCCGAAAAGAAGGGUGAUUACUACGUGUUGAAUGGGAACAAGUUCUGGAUUACGAAUGGUCCGGACGCUGACACUUACAUUAUCUACGCAAAAACUGACUUGAAUUCUAAGCCGACCCAUGGAAUUUCGGCGUUUAUCGUUGAACGCGACUUCCCAGGAUUUACCCGAGGCCCCAAAUUGGACAAGCUUGGUAUUCGAGGAAGUGGGACUUGUGAACUAAUCUUCGAAGACGUCAAGGUCCCGGCGAAAAAUAUGCUCGGUGCACUAAACAAGGGAGUGUAUGUCCUAAUGUCGGGAUUGGAUUACGAACGAUUAGUGUUGGCUGCUGGUCCGGUUGGAUUAAUGCAAGCGGCCUGCGAUGUAGCUUUUGAGUAUGCUCACACCCGGAAACAGUUCAACACUCGCAUCGGCGAGUUCCAGCUGCUUCAGGGUAAAUUAGCGGACAUGUAUACGACCAUGAAUGCCUGCCGUGCCUAUUUGUAUUCGGUGGCCAGGUCUUGUGAUAUGGGAAAAGCAAACCCAAAGGAUUGCGCCGGAGUCAUCCUGUACUGUGCGGAAAAGGCGACCCAACUUGGUCUGGAUGCGAUUCAGAUUUUGGGCGGAAACGGAUACAUUAACGAGUACCCAGCUGGACGUAUCAUGCGCGAUGCUAAGUUGUAUGAAAUUGGUGCCGGAACUUCGGAAAUUCGUCGAAUGAUCAUUGGACGUGCCUUGAAUAAUGAAUACAAGUAAACAGUGAGAUAUGACCGCAAAGAGGUUAAAAAUUUGGAUUCAUACCUCAGAUAUUCUACGUAUAACGUAGAUUGUAACGAAUGUGCAUUUAAUAAAGGCAGUGCUUUUAUAGUUUGUAAUAUACUAAGGAUGCAGGAUGCAAAUGUUAAUAAACACAAAAAUUUCAUUAUUUUACAACA